GCGGACGACGCAUGCGCGGGCAGCACGGUCUUAAGGGCGGCCGCGGCCCGGGGCCGCCCAGUCGGCCUGUCAGCCGGCUUCGAGGUGCGUUCCUGCGCUUGCGCGGCGGCGGUGAUGAAAGCGAUGGCGGCGGAGGAGGAGGUGGACUCGGCAGACGCCGGUGGAGGGUCAGGAUGGCUGACAGGGUGGCUUCCUACCUGGUGUCCCACAUCUACAUCACACCUUAAAGAAGCUGAAGAGAAAAUGUUAAAAUGUGUCCCCUGCACUUACAAGAAAGAGCCUGUGCGCAUAUCCAAUGGAAACAGAAUAUGGACGCUGAUGUUUUCUCACAACAUUUCUAGUAAGACACCACUUGUCCUCCUUCAUGGUUUUGGAGGAGGUCUUGGACUUUGGGCCCUGAAUUUUGAAGAUCUAAGCACUGAUAGGCCUGUCUAUGCCUUUGAUCUAUUGGGCUUCGGAAGAAGUAGUAGACCUAGGUUUGACAGUGACGCGGAAGAAGUAGAGAAUCAGUUUGUGGAAUCCAUUGAAGAGUGGAGAUGUGCCCUCAGGUUGGACAAAAUGAUCUUGCUUGGACACAACCUGGGAGGGUUCUUGGCUGCUGCUUACUCACUGAAGUACCCAUCAAGGGUUAGUCACCUCAUUUUAGUAGAGCCAUGGGGUUUUCCUGAGCGACCAGAUCUUGCUGAUCAAGAGAGACCAAUUCCAGUUUGGAUCCGAGCCCUAGGGGCAGCGUUGACUCCCUUUAACCCCUUGGCUGGCCUCAGGAUUGCAGGGCCUUUCGGCUUAAGUCUAGUGCAGCGUUUGAGGCCUGACUUCAAACGGAAGUACUCCUCUAUGUUUGAAGAUGACACGGUGACAGAGUACAUCUACCACUGUAAUGUACAAACCCCAAGCGGCGAGACAGCCUUUAAGAACAUGACGAUUCCUUACGGGUGGGCGAAGCGGCCGAUGCUCCAGCGGAUAGGUGACUUGCAUCCUGACAUUCCAGUUUCGGUGAUCUUCGGCGCCCGAUCCUGCAUAGACGGCAACUCUGGCACCAGCAUCCAGUCACUGCGACCGAAGUCAUAUGUGAAGACAAUAGCUAUCCUCGGGGCGGGGCAUUAUGUGUAUGCAGAUCAACCAGAAGAGUUCAACCAGAAAGUCAAGGAGAUCUGCAACACAGUAGACUGAGCACACUGAGGUGCAGGAGUGCCUGCGACUGCCGCCAUUUUUGAGCAGUGCCCACAGCCACAGGAGAGGAAGAGACAACCAAGAGCCAGGCAGUCUCCUGGGCUGGACUCUGCAGUUUUCCACAUUUAAACCAACGAGUGCCUUCUAGAAGAAUGGCUUUCCUUUCUCCUACACAAAAUUAAAAUACACAAGAGUCUCCCAACUUAAUAAUAGUAGCCUCAAAUAAAAGUUGUCCUUCUGACGUA